UGGUGGUACAAUCUCAUGAGACGUUACAGCUCUACGUUUGGAGCAGACAUACAAGAAGAAGAGGAACAACAACAAGAAGGAGAAGAAGAAGAAGCGGAGGAGUUUUUUCAAGGUAAAAGGAAAGACAGAUUUGACUACGUGCACUUCCUGGGUGUCGCAUCCAGCACGUAUCCACACAUCGUUCAUCAUCAUCAUCAUCAUCAUCUCAUAUCCUGUGGAAAAAGGAGACAGGAACCGGGAAAGAUGAGCCGGUUGACACUGCUCGUUCUCCUGACAGUUCUCAGUGGAUUCUUAAAUGAAGCUGAAGCCAAUCCAUUUGUUUACAAUUAUGACAGGCUGAGGAUUGGAGGCAUUAUCUUCACGGUCCUGCUUGUAAUAGGAGCGAUCUUUCUCCUUUUUCAUGACAAAUGCGGCACAAAGAAGAAAAGCGAUGACGCUACCAGUCAGAUUUAAACACGACGUCAGAUUGCCAUCAGAUUGUAAAAACAGGCCUAUAUUCAGUUGUGAAGGAUCUGAUUUAGAGAUGAAACGUUGAAUUGCCCUGAAGUUAAAGUGCACUUUUGCACUUAAUAAAUUAACCUGGAGUCUUUGUUUCUCUUCACGCUCCUUAGCUGGGUUUUAGUUCAACACUUCAGGCUUUGGUGCAGAGUUAAAGUAGUGGAAUAUUAUGUUGUUUAGAGACUUAGAAAUGCAUUAGAAGUCUAUGCUGUAGUUUGUAUCUUGUAUCUGUAACAUAACAGUACAUUAAACCUGCAGUAUGAUUUAAUACUAAA